AUGGCUGGCCUACUGUCAUGGGCCACUGUUCGCCCUUGCGAGGCAUCGCUAUUGAAAUUUACACAGCGGGGUCUAGAAGGCUAUACCAAUGCCGUGUAUUUCACCAACUGGGCAAUAUACGGCCGUAACUAUCAGCCUCAGAACCUGCCUGCGUCCCAGAUCACAAACGUUCUCUACGCAUUUAUGAAUCUUCGUCCAUCUGGAGAAGUCCGAAAGACACGGAAGCUUAUUGAAGGCAUCGCUUUUAGCUAUUCUGCCGAUACCUACUCUGACUUAGAGAAGCAUUACCCAGCAGACUCAUGGAACGAUGUCGGCAAUAAUGCUUAUGGCUGUACCAAGCAGCUCUAUCUCCUCAAGAAAGCCAACCGUCGCAUGAAGGUCGUGCUGAGUAUCGGAGGUUGGACUUGGUCCACCAACUUCCCUGCUGCGGCCAGCACUCCCGAGGGCAGGGCUUUGUUUGCCUCGUCCUCUGUCAAGCUGAUGAAGGAUUGGGGAUUUGAUGGUGUUGAUAUCGAUUGGGAGUACCCGGCCAACGCUGAUGAAGCUUUCAACAUGGUUCUUCUGCUUCAAGCAGUUCGAACCGAGUUGGACGCCUACGCUGCGCAGUACACCCCUGGCUACCACUACCUCCUCACAAUUGCUUCUCCCGCCGGUCCAACUCACUACAACGUCUUAGACCUUAAGGCUAUCUCGGAUGUAAUCGACGCCUUCAACUUAAUGGCAUACGAUUAUGCCGGCUCAUGGGACGCCAACAGCGGUCAUCAAGCUAACCUGUACCCAAACCCCGGCAACCCAGCAUCUACGCCAUUCUCGACUGACGCUGCUGUUAAUGACUACCUUCGCGCAGGAGUACCUGCAUCGAAGAUUGUCCUCGGGAUGCCGAUUUACGGUCGAUCUUUUGAACAAACAAGCGGCAUCGGUCAGACCUUCUCCGGUGUCGGCAGUGGCUCUUGGGAAAACGGAGUUUGGGACUACAAGGCCUUACCGCGCGCAGGCGCGACUGAGCUUUAUGACUCUACAGCGGUGGCAUCUUACAGCUAUGACUCGAGCAGCAAAGAACUCAUCUCGUACGAUACACCUGCCGUCAUCAGGACCAAGGUCUCGUAUUUGCAGAGCAAGGGGCUUGGUGGCUCUAUGUUCUGGGAAGCUAGCGGAGACAGAAGUGAUGGGAGCAGUUUACUGGCGACUAGCUUUACUGCUCUCGGUGGUUCAGACACACAAGACAAGAGCUUGAACCAGCUGAGCUACCCCAACAGCCAAUACGACAAUAUUCGUGCUGGUGUUCCAGGUGGUUGA